AUGCCUUUGGAUCUCAGAUCAAAGCAGGGGAGGAAUAGAUCCAAGAUCCAGGCUUUGCGAGUAGCACGGUUCAAGAUGGUAGCUGAUAGCGGGUACAUAGGCAAGAAUUCUGCCCUCAGAAUGUUUCCAGGGGCUCUGAGUUCUGGUCAGGGGAUCAAUAUGGCUGCCGGCCCUCAGUUUGGUUUCUGGGCUGUAGUACAUCGGUGUCUGCAAAAUAUGUGGGCCCGGAGACACUUGGGCUUGUUUCUGUUUCUACUUUGGAUGCUGGUGAUCCUGUGCUAUUUUGUGAAUACUAAUUCUGUGUUUUCAAGUGAGAAAUUGCCACAGCACAAUGGAACUCUAAAAGUUCAAUCCAACUGGGAAAUUCUGUUGAAAAUUUUCUUUCCAACAAGGACUGACAUAGCCAAGGCAUGCAUUGUAAGGGAGAAUCAGGAGGUAGUGGCUUGUAAUAAGCAAUCAUAUCUCAGCAAGACUGAAUGUUUAAAAUCCAAGUGCUGUUUUUCAUCAUCUCGGAACAAAAUGAGGUGCUAUGCCGCACUAAGAGAUAAGCCUACACAGAUGCUCCGGGUGCUUGGGUUCUCUGCAAUCAGCAUGAUAAUCCUGGGAUUUCUUCCUAUGUAUUGCUGUUCUCUCUGCCAAAGAAGCAGAUGGUUUAAUCCUUUGAGAAGGAAGACGAACAGAGUGUUGAAGGCUUUGAAUAAACAAAAAGCAAAAGUGAAGAGGGAGCCUAAAGCAAGGAAAGCACCAGAAGAGAGAAUUAGAAAAGAGCAGGAGACCAGAGCAUUACUUUCAGAUUGAGAAUGCAGACCUGCCAGAAGACUUUCCUCAUCAUUCAAAUUCAAUUAACUUUAGAAAGACAUU